UCAAAAUUCUCAUCAAUGGAUACAUCUCUCUCUUUCUCUAGACUCCUCUCUUCUUCCACCACCACAUCACUCUUAUCUACCAAAACCAAAACCCUCUCUUCCAAUUUUACCCUCCCCCUCAAACUCAACCGUUUCAACCCAAAACCUCUCCGAUUUUCCACUUCAUCCAAAAUCUCCGCCACCAUCUCCGUCGGCGACAAACUUCCCGAAUCCACCUUCUCAUACCUCGACCCCGCCGGCGAAGUCCAAACCAUAACAGUUUCCGACCUAACAAAAGGCAAAAAAGCCGUUCUCUUCGCCGUUCCAGGAGCUUUCACACCAACAUGCUCACAGAAACACUGCCAGCUUAUCAUGUGCGAUUGUUCCAGCUUAAUAGGGUGUUUUAGAUUCGUUUUUCAAAAGCUUUGCGCGCGUAAAUUGAUUCUGAUUAUGGGAAUACUAUGCGGCUUUGUUUCUAGCAAUUGGGCUGAAUCAGUCAUCCAAUUCGAUUUCGAAAUGGCAACCCAAUUUGACAUGUUGUGCGAUGUUCUUCCUGGGCAUAAUUCAUGGAAGUUCAAAGUUCGUGUCCUCCGUAUGUGGGCAAUUUCUUCUUUUAUGAAGCCUAAUGAGUUGAACUCUAUGGAAAUGGUGCUGAUAGAUGAGAAGGGAGGUAAGAUUCAUGCCUUGAUAAGGAAAGAAUUGGUUUACCUAUUCCAGAAUAAAUUAAAGGAAGGGGAAGUUUAUAAGCUAUCAAACUUUGAUGUUGUUCCAGUCGUUGGAUUUUAUCGUACAACUCUGCAUCCUUACAAAUUGAUUUUUCGAUCGAAUACCAAAGUUCAGAAUUUUGCGAGUUCUGAUAUUCCUAUUUUGGGAUUUUCUUUCACCGAUCUUGCUGAAGUGGCUAGCUACUCUGUUAACUAUGAUUACCUAAUAGAUGUCAUUGGUUUAAUCUCUGGUAUAUCAAAUGAGAGGGAGUAUAUUCGUGCUGGCAAAGUCAUCAAGAUGGUUGUGCUUGAACUUACAGACAAUAGUGGUAAAUGUGAAUGCGCGUUGUUUGGUGAUCAUGUUGAUGAGUUGCAAAGAUUAAUUGGUAAUUGUCCUUCCGGUCUCCACGUUGUUGCACUACAGUUUGCCAAAGUUAAAAUAUUUAGAGGGAAAGUUUCCAUUCAAGAUGUUAUGAAUACCACAAGGAUUUUUCUUGACCCUGAGAUUAAAGAGACAUCCGAGUUAAUAAAGGGGUUAGCCAUUGCUGGUAUGUCAAACUCCGAAAAAAGUAUUGAGCAAAUUAACUCCAAAGUAUUGAGCAAAAUCUAUAACCACACAAUUAGUGCAGAAACUACUAAAGUGUCUGCAAAUAGAUCCGAUGAAAAAGCAAUAACAAUAGAACUUCAUGUACAAGGAUUCUAUAAGCUUUUUGUUCAGCCUUUGGCUGGACUUCAACCUAUACCAACCGAAAGUGAUUUUAUUGUAUCUCCUAUCUAUAAAUACAGUUUCAAGAUUCCUCUUUUCUAUCUCUCUAUUUUAUCUUUCAUUUUAUCUCGAAGGUUGGCCAAUUUACCCAUUAGCAAGGAUUUAGCUAAUUAUAUUGAACCCUAUAUUGUUGAAAAUUGCAUUUCAAUGGGACAACAAUUUGGAGAGAAAGAAUUUAAGAUUGUUUUUUAUAUUGAGGUCGUUGAAAUAGAUCUGGCAGAUUGUGAAGAUUGCGAUGAUUAUCGUAGACGCGGUAUCGUUUGA